AUGGAAGUUGAAGGAGGAGAAAAAUAUCGAACUGAACAUGCUGAAACUGGAAAAUCUGUUUGGGAAUCUUUAGCUGAAUUUCCAACAAAUCAAUUUUCACCCAUUAUUAAAGUUAAACUUUUUAUGGAAAAUCCUGGUUUACUUAGUUUAGAUGAUAAUAAACUUGGAAAAUUAUCUUUACAAAUUGAUCCCACUUUUAAAUUAGAUGUUAGAAUGGAAAAACCACAAAAUCUUAAAAUGUGUGGAUGGUGCUAUGCUAGAGGAAAAAAUGUAUGGAAAACAUGGAAACGACGAUAUUAUGCACUUGUUCAGGUAUCUCAAUAUUGUUUUGCAACAUGUAGUUAUCGUGAAAGAAAAUCCGAACCAACUGAAAUGAUGCCACUUGAAGGUUAUAUUGUUGAUUAUGCUGAACCUGAUAAUGCUGUACGUGAAGGUGAUGUUGUUACAUUUGCAACAAAUGAAGAAAAUGAACGACAUAGUUGGGUACAAGCAUUAUAUCGUGCUAUUGGUCAAUCACAUAAACCAACACCACCAAUAACACAAAUUAAUAAAUCAAAUUCAACAUCAAGACAAAAAGAUCUUUCAGAUUCUGAUCGUUCAAAAAAUCUUGGUUUUGAUGAAUAUAUACAAAGUGAUCCAUGUAAAUUUGAUCAUCAUGAUUUAUUUAAAACAUUGAAAACGGCAACAUUAGAUUUUCGACAAAAUGAUCCAUACUGUUCUUUGGUAAAUAUUAACAACAAAAAAAAACACACCAUUUUUUUUCAUUAUCUUUAA